UUGGUGCCGUGCACAUAUUUAUACCUCCUGUUUUGUAUUCCUUUAUAACUCAUCAGUUUGGAGAUACAAUUACUAACUUGCAAAUUAAAUUUCUCGCAGUGAUUAUUCGAUUGAAACCACUUUCUAAUGGCAUCCGGCAGCAACACAACUUGUCAAUGGAAGUACGACGUGUUCUUGAGUUUCAGGGGCGUAGACACCCGCACAAGUUUUACAGCCUAUAUGUAUGAAAAAUUGCAGGACAAAAACGUCAAAACUUUCAGGGACGACCCAAAGCUUGAAAAAGGGACAAAUAUUAAUCCAGAACUCAUGAAGGCAAUCGAAGAAUCGAGGUUUGCAAUCGUUGUCCUUUCGGAAAAGUAUGCUACUUCCACCUGGUGCUUGUCCGAACUUGCACAUAUUGUUAAAUGCAAGAAAGAGAAAGGGACAAGCAUUUUGCCAAUUUUUUUUCAUGUGAAUCCCUCUGAUGUACGACAUAUAAGAGAGAGUUUUGCUGAAGCCUUCACCGACCAUGAAAAAACGUUCGGGAAAGAGAGCAAGAAUGUGCGCCUGUGGAAAGAUGCUUUAGGAGAAGUCGGUAAACUCGCCGGGUGGACGUUAAAGGAGGACAGAUAUGAAACAGACCUUAUCAAAGAAAUUGUCCAGUACGUGUGGGAAAGAGUUAACCCCACAUUCAAACUGCAGGGAGAUUCCACGCCCAAGUCAGGUGGAAUUGAUAAUAAACUGAAGAAAGUAUAUUUACGUUUAAAUGAUGAGGCAAAAGAUGUUCGCUUUAUAGGUAUACAAGGGAUUCAUGAGACAGGUAAUACAACCCUUGCUCGACUAGUUUAUGACAGAAUUUCCCCUAAUUUUCAAGUUAGCUGCUUUCUUGAAGAUGUUGGAGAGGUUGCCAAAACAAAGAGUUUACUUCAUCUGCAACAGAAGUUUUUGUCAUCCAUUCUGAAGGAAAAUAUUAUGCAAGUUUCGAGCGUCUACGACGUCUACGAAGGAAAGAAUAUGAUCAAGAGUUGUGUGCUUAAUAAAAAGGUUCUUCUCGUUCUUGAUGACGUGGACCAAUCAGACCAAAUAUUUUUGUUGGCUGGAGAGAGAGACUGGUUUGGUCUGGGGAGCAGAAUCAUCAUUACAACUAGGGAUCCAGAACUGCUAGUCACAAAUCGUAUACGGAAUGUGGUGGAAGGAUUAAGCAAAGAUGAAGCUCUUCAGCUCUCUUACUAAUUAGAAGUUCCCAAAAAAAAAAAAAAAAAAAAAACACAAACUUGAAAAGCUUAAAAAAAAAAAAAAAAAAAAAAAAAAAUAUCGCCUGAUAUUCGUUGGAUAAAGAUAUUAGUGCUUAAUAACGGGAGCAUUGCAUUACUCACGGUUAUCCGACGUUUAGCAAUUUUCUUUUUGUAGUGUGUUUUUCCUUUCCAACCGAAUUCUGUACUAUUCUGUUGUACCUGAUACUAUGUUUUUUACUGUCCACGUUGUAUUCAAAGUUUGUUUCAUUGUUGUUGAAGA